AUGCAACGGUGGCUGGUUUUCGAGUAUCUGGUGUGGUUUUGGGCGUUUUGCGGGUCCAGUUGGGCGUCGGUUUCAUACUCUAAAUAUAAAAGCGGACAUGGAGGUAACGAAACGAAUCCCGAAGUAAUACGAGACUGGAACCCCGUGUAUGCGAGUAUUUUGAAGGGCCAGACGGACUACUAUGAAUUUCCCAUCAAUGCGUCAAACAGUAACGCAUUUGUGUUGCAGAGCUACGAGUUGUUCAUCUUUCUUAGUGGGAACAUAUGCAAGUAUCCCAAGAAUCCGGGCACCAAUGUGACGCUUUCGAUCUUCUACUCGUUCUCGUGGCCCAUGAACGCUAGCAAUGCUCAAUACUCGAUAUUUUCGGACGGGUAUAUGGAGGCGUUGGCUGUUAUGCCGUUUACUUCUGGCGAUCUGAGCAGCAGCAGCAGCAGUAGUAGUACUUCAAACUUUACUGGGAACUCUACCUUGUACAUGUCUGUGCAGCUGAUCAACAACUAUACGGGCAAGCCGUAUGAGCUCGAUGGCGAUGAUGACCCGGAGCAGGACGCCUGGCUGUACCAGCUGGCGGUAUCGCAGAGCGAUCUUGCGUACCAGUGGGACAAAAGGCAGUGGUUGGACGUCGUAGAUACGGAUUAUAACUCGGCUUUAUUGGUAUCGGGCAACAUAUCGCUAGCGAACUUGAACUGGGACACCCAGUACUCCAUUUCCAACAUGAGUUUCUACGAUGUGUACGUUUAUGAGUCCCGGUACGAGAACUACUUCGAUGAAAUGGGUCUAACCAAGUCGUUGUGCGCCAUUAAGAAUGGGCCUUACCUUGUGAGUUCUGUGAACAGCACGUAUGACCCGAAGGUGAGCGAGAACGUGUCUCUUUCGAUAACAGAUCUGGGGGCCUACAAGUCUCUGACGAAGCGGAAUGGGAAUCUAAGGGAGCAGUUCCAUAUCACGGGGCUCAACGGCUCAACCACGUACGUUGCGUUCCUUACCAAGAAACUUGCGUCCACGUCUUCGGAAUCUUUGAGCGCUAAUAGUGGUGUAGUGUUUGCGAAGCAAAAGUUCACAACAAUGAGCGAUCCAUCAUGCACGCUUAUCUUUGGCCUUGGGUUUUGUGAUGGUCUUGCGUAUUCUGUUCCGUCUUCUUCGCUGUUGAAGUACGAAGACAAGAGCGAGUUAGCCAACGUUUACGAUUCCAUAGCGGAGUCCUUCUAUUCGAACUUCAGCCUUGCGAUGCAGAUGAUUACGUGCGACGCUUCGGAGGACGAAUUGUACUCUCCGCUCAGAUCGUGUGACGAUUGUAAAGUGGCCUACAAGGACUGGCUAUGUUCUGUUAGUAUUCCUCGGUGCACCACUACCAAGACAGAUUACUAUAUCUACCGGAGCGCUUCCGAGAGUCGAAACGACAAGUUGGAUGAGCUGAUCAAGCCGGCAAGCGACUAUUAUGAGAUUUUGCCCUGUAUCGAUACGUGUGUCACCAUGCAGCGCGAUUGCCCACCGGAUUUUGGGUUCUCUUGUCCGCCAUAUAGGACGUACCGAGACUUGAUGUUGAACAGUUACAACUUUUUCCAUCCGAACGAGACGUUCUUGACGUGCAACUUCAUCGGUAACACCAGUGAUCUAGUGGUCAAGGAUCCGACCAUGAAGUAUUGA